AUGAAUCCUCCUGAGUUUUUAGGAUCGCAAGCUAAUGAGGAUUCUUAUAAUUUCAUAGAUGAGAUUAAGAAGAUCAUUAUGGUAAUGCAAGUCACUAUAAAUGAUCGUGUUAAGUUAGAAUCAUACCAGUUGAAGGAUGUUGGUCAUAUCAGGUUUUUCCCAAUAGAGUUAAGGAAAUCAAAAGCCCAAGAAUUCAUGAACUUAAGGCAGAGUAACAUGACAUUCCAAGAGUAUGCACUCAAGUUUAACCAACUCUCUCGAUAUGCUCCUCAUAUGGUUGCUGACUACAGGGCUCGGGGCGACUCAUUUGGUACAAGUGGCUGUCAGCGCCAGAACAGUUUGUAUGCUCUUCAGGCUCGCCAGGAUCAAAAAGGUUCCCCUGAUGUAGUCACAGCUAGUGGUGAUAGGGUGUCUAACCCUAAAUUCAAGAAGGGAAAAGGAACAAAUUCACCAAAUGGGAAGCCAACUUGUGGAAAGUGUGGUAAAAAGCACUAUGGUGAUUUCCUUAAGAGGACGGAUAAUUUCUUUAGUUGUGGAAAGAGUGGUCACAAUAUUAGAGAUUGUCCAAACAUGAAGAGUCAAGACAAGGGUAGUGGUCAAGAUCAAGCAACUGAUCCUUGUGAUGCUCUAAAAAAGAACUAUAAUCUUAGAUCUAGGAGUGAGAAAGAUACUUCUCCGACGUGGUGCAGGCAUGUUGAAAGUUUUCUCUAUUGA